AUGAACGAUUUAUGCACAAUAGUAUCUUAUGAAGCCAUUAUGGCAGCAUUAGAACGCUUUCUCAAUGAAUAUUACAAAGCUGAGCAAGAUAUUCAUGGCCUAACUAUCGAUACCAUGAAACUGAUUCGUAUCAUUCUUCAAAAUCAAACUUUUGUCUUCCAAAAUAAAAUCUAUCGACAGAUCAAAGAUACUGAACCACGUUCCCUUCCUUAUGUACACGGCCAUCCACACCUCACGUCCUCAACAUUAAUUCGAGCAUCUCUCGUUCGUGCGGUACUUUGUUGUUCGAAUACCAUCGAUUUUGAUAAUGAACGACGUGAUAUUGAUGAAACAUUUAGUACCAAUGGUUAUACUUGGGAUUAUAUUAUCGAUUAUGUCAAACAAUUCUUUCAAGAAUUUUAA